AUGGAUGGAAAGUCGGACGUUGAGGUUCACAGGUACCACGUCCGACAGGUUCUUACAAUCAUGCGAAAGCAUCAAUUGUAUGCAAACCUCAAGAAGUGUAUAUUUGCAGCAAGCGAAAUACCACUUCUUGGGUGCAUCGUCGGUGAUAACGGUGUACGUCCUGAUCCCGAAAAGAUCAAGGCGAUCGCCGACUGGCCUGUGCCGGUUGAUGUCAAAGGUCUUCGAAAAUUCCUUGGGCUAGCGGCGUAUUUGCACAAGUAUUCACGCAAUUACGCCGAGAUGACUGUGCACCUCUCUCGUUUGUUGAAAAAGAACGAGAGGUGGUUAUGGAACGCUGAAUGUCAACGCUCCUUUGAGGGUAUCAAGCAGAGCUUGAUACAAUCCCCAAUCCUAGCAAUUGCCGAUCAGGACAGGCCAUUUCAUGUGGUCUGUGAUGCCAGCGAUUUCGCAAUCGGCUGUGCAUUAAAGCAGUACGACCUAGAAGGCGUUGAACGCGUCGUCUGCUAUCAGUCGCGUCAGCUGCAACCAGCUGAGCGGAACUAUCCAGUGCAUGACAAGGAACUCCUUGCCAUGAAGUAUGCACUCGCGAAGUUCAGAGUCUAUCUAUUAGGAGAUAGACCCUUCAUUGUUUACACUGACCAUGCGUCAUUGCGCACGGCAGUGAACAGCCCGCACCUUUCACGACGAAUGGCGCGGCGGUUGUCAUCCUUUGCGGAAUACAACUUUACGGUCGAGUACAAACCAGGACGACUUAAUGUCGUCGCUGAUGCACUCUCACGUCGUCCCGACUUUGAAACAGUCGCGAAACCCAACAGUGAGACAGUCACUGUUGCGGUUAUGACGUCCUCAGUCCCAUCUACAACGUUGUAUGAUGAUGUGAGGCGGGCAUACGCCCAAGAUGGUGAGAUUGUGAAGUUGUUGACACAUCUCUCCCAACCAUCCCGAGAAUCGUUGAAGCGAUUGUGGCCUGCGUAUCGAUCUGCAUCAGAUCGAUACACUACUCGCAACGGUUUACUGUAUUAUACAGCCAUUUCUGGUGACACACCACGUGUUGUCAUUCCAGAUGAUACUGAUCUGCGUUUGCGGAUCAUGUUCGAGUAUCACGAUGCUCCUAUAGGAGGACAUCGUGGCCGAGAGAAAACAUAUCUCACGGUGAGUCGAGACUUUUACUGGCCCCGCUAG